AUGCCUCACGCCGACUCCUCAUACUUCUACCCAGGGGCCUCCAAAGCCGAAGUCUACCAGCAACUCCUAGAACAAGCAGAGGGUCUCCUCUCAGGACAACGCAAUUGGGUUAGCAACCUCUCCAACAUCUCCUCCCUCCUCUGGCACGCCUACGCCGCCCUCCCAGCCCCCUCCUCGUCCGUAAACUGGGCAGGCUUCUACAUCCGCGAUGACAAAUUCCCCGCCCUCGCAUCCCCAAUCUCCUCCCCGCCCCUAGACGGCGUCGCAGGCGUAACAAUCUCAACCACAUACGCCUCCCCAGAGAACCAAGUCCUCCUCCUAGGCCCCUUCCACGGAAAGCCAGCAUGCCAACAGAUCCGCUUCGGCAAAGGCGUGUGCGGCACCGCAGCCGCAAACCAGGAAACCCUCGUCGUUCCAGACGUGCUCGAGUUCCCAGGACAUAUUGCCUGCGACGCGGAGAGUCGGAGUGAGAUUGUCGUUCCGAUUAUUAUCCGUGGAGAGACUGUUGCUAUUAUUGAUAUCGAUUGCACUGAGCCUUCUGGGUUUGAUGAUGUUGAUAAGAAAUACCUUGAACAGCUUGCUGAGCUUCUUGCUACAAGCUGUGAUUGGUAG